AUGGUCGUCGAUGGCGACGUACUCGGCCGCCGGCAUAGCGCUAGGCCCGAGGCCGAGGCGGUCAAUGAGGAUCCCGACAUCGCCUAUCUCCUCGUCGAGAUCGAUGUCGGUGCCUCCGUUGCCGCCGUCGCCGCCAUUGCCGCCAAUGCCUCCCUCAUCUCCCACGUGCGGGAGGUCCAUCGCCCAUGCACGAGGGAGGCAACAGGUGCACCACCAGCAACGCUGGAUGGUGCAAACGCUGAUGUGUUGGAUGCGCCGAACUCCUCCUCCCACCUCCCCCCUUCUCCUGCCUCCUUCGCACCACCUCCUCCCUCUCCGCUCAUCACAUCCGCCUCUUACACUCCUCCCCCUCUCUUCUCUCCUCCCUACCCUUCGUGCUCCUCCUCCCUUCCUCCACUCUCCUUUGUGCGUCAAGCACCACCCCACCUCUUCCUCCUCCUAUUUUCUCUCCUUAUCUACUACCCUUCCCCACCAUCCGCCCCUUCACCCUCCUCCUCCUCUCUUCUCUCCCUUCAUUCCCUUCCCCAUCUCACUCUCUCCUCCGCCUCUCUCCUCUCGUCUACUGCUGCAGCCAGUUGCCGGCUUUGCUUCGUAAUCUUGCUCAUCAAGACCUACCCCUCCUCACCAUCCGCCCCUUCACCCUCCUCCUCCUCUCUUCUCUCCUUUCAUUCCCCUCUCCAUCUCAUUCUCUCCUCCGCCUCUCUCUCCUCUCCUCUACUGCUGCGGCUGGUUGCCGGCCCUGCUUCAGAGGGCCUAUUCUCACUCUUACUUCUCCCCCUCUGCGCUUCCGCCCUCACCUGUCUCCUACCGUACCUCCUCUCCUACCCUUGCCUUCCCUACUCUCCGCUCCUUUCGCUGCCCAUUCCUCCCCUUGCACCUCUCCUACUUGCCGCUGGACCUCCCCUCUUCUCCGCCCCUCUGCUUGGAUUCCGCUGUCCCAUCAACGUCGCCGCUCUUGUGCCGUUGUCACCUCUGGUAUUGGUUCUCUGGCCUCUGUCUUCAGUGUGA